CGUCAUAAGAUCGUUGGCGACCAUUGCAAAAUGACGUCUUUCAAGAAGCAACAUGAUGGUAUGGUAGUUUUCUGUUUGUGCGUUGUAGCAUGCGUAUUUCUUCCAUCUGUCGAAUCAUUCAAUUUGAUCGCUGACUAUUACACCCAGAAUGGACAAUUUGGCGUUUGUUCGGAAGUUAUUACAGGAGAGAAAAGCGCCUAUUUGCGUUCUCAUGUCGGAGCUUAUCAGUUUGGAACUUUGAUCGGAUACCGCGCUAAUGAGGACUGUGCAGUUGGAUUUGACUCCGGAGAAGGCAAACGAGUUUUGGUUCAAUUUCUGAAGUUCAGCCUUCAAGAACCAACUAGUUCCGGAUGUCAGGAUUACGUUACGAUCGAAGAGCUCGGGAGGGACGAAAACUUUACAUACUGUGGGAGCCAAGCCGUACCUGCGUACGUUUCUGAUACGGAAAACAUCACAAUAAUCUUCAACAGUGAUGGGACUUCUGAACAGAGCGGCUUUAAAAUCCUUCUGACGUCAUUCCGAACGAAUGCUGGUGCAUGUCAAGCAGGGGAAUUCAAAUGUGAUGUCACAAGAUGUAUUGACGACUCGCUGAAGUGUGACGGCGUGAACCACUGUGUUGACGGUGCUGAUGAGGAUAAUACAAAGGCCGGUUGCACCUGGUUUGACCAUGUCGUUGGCGCUGUGAUGAGUCUUGGAGAACACACGAUUCUCGCCAUUGGCAUUUUGGCCGGAACCAUAAUUGUCGUCAUCAUUGCAGCGAUCAUUGUGUACCACGUGGUCAUCAAAAAGAAGAACAGAGUGACACCCAUUUCACCGGACAAGCCGACAAAAACGAAAGCCACAACUUCCGACUCGGCCGCCACCGCCUCCGACAACCCGAAAUCUAGUAAGACGGCCUCGCCUUCCAAGUCAUCCGACAAGCACAGGAAGGCUACGACUUCGUCCUCUAAAAAGACAGCUACGAAAAAGCCAAAGAAAGCACAGCCCGUGGAGGAAGACGCUGAUUGGUAGACUAGUCACAUAGUGUACCAUUAUAGAUACUGUCUUUGUUUUAAA